AUGGAAUACGAGAGUGAAACGGGUUUUAUACGUUAUACAUUAAAACACUUUGAAUGGGGUGUUCAACCGAUCAAUACGUUAAAAGAGAUAGUUCGAGACGUUUUACCUGUCCAUAUAUUAAAAGAGAUGGUUCGAUUUGCAGAAAAAGUUGCUGGCAACCUGAAGGGUGUUCGUUGCACUGGAAAUUAUAUGAAAAAAAUGUGGCAAAAAAUUUAG